CGGGUGCGGGGCGGUCCCUGGGGCCGCAGGGGUUGAGGUGCUACAGAUCCCAGCCGCUGAUCGCAGUCUUGCCGGCGGCCCCCUGCCGGCUGCCCGCUUUUCCGCUGGGUGCUCGCCAGCAUGUCCUUCAUUCCGGUGGCCGCAGACUCCGACUUCCCCAUCCAAAACCUGCCCUACGGGGUCUUCUCCACCCGAAGUCAUCCCAGGCCUCGGAUCGGUGUGGCCAUAGGUGACCAGAUCUUGGAUCUCAGUGUCAUUAAGCAUCUCUUCACUGGGCCUGCUCUCUCCAAACACCAGGAUGUCUUCAAUGAGCCAACUCUCAACAGCUUCAUGGGCCUGGGCCAGGCUGCCUGGAAGGAGGCGAGAAUGUUCUUGCAGAACUUGCUGUCUGCCAGCCAAGCCAGACUGAGAGAUGACACGGAGCUUCGGCAACGUGCAUUCACCUCUCAGGCCUCUGCCACGAUGCACCUUCCAGCUACCAUAGGAGACUACACGGACUUCUAUUCCUCCCGGCAGCAUGCCACCAAUGUUGGCAUCAUGUUCAGGGGCAAGGAGAAUGCACUGAUGCCCAAUUGGCUCCACUUACCUGUGGGCUACCAUGGCCGGGCUUCCUCCAUUGUGGUGUCUGGCACCCCAAUCCGAAGACCUAUGGGGCAGAUGAGACCUGAUAACUCAAAGCCUCCUGUGUAUGGAGCCUGCAAACUGCUGGACAUGGAACUGGAAAUGGCUUUCUUUGUAGGCCCUGGGAACAGAUUUGGAGAGCCAAUCCCCAUUUCCAAAGCCCAUGAACACAUUUUUGGGAUGGUCCUCAUGAACGACUGGAGUGCACGAGACAUCCAGCAGUGGGAGUAUGUCCCCCUUGGGCCAUUCCUGGGAAAGAGCUUUGGAACCACCAUCUCCCCAUGGGUGGUGCCCAUGGAUGCUCUCAUGCCGUUUGUGGUGCCCAACCCAGAGCAGGACCCUAAGCCUUUGCCGUAUCUCUGUCACAACCAGCCCUACACAUUCGAUAUCAACCUGUCUGUUGCCCUGAAAGGAGAAGGAAUGAGCCAGGCAGCUACCAUCUGCAAGUCCAACUUUAAGGUGAGCUCGGAGGCCAUCAGACUGCUUUGUGGACGGGCAAGAGGGGGCAGACAGCAAGAACAGGAGAAUAGCAUCCAUUUGAGGCACAUGUACUGGACCAUUCUGCAGCAGCUCACACACCACUCUGUCAAUGGCUGCAACCUGAGGCCUGGGGACCUCUUGGCUUCUGGAACCAUCAGUGGAUCGGAUCCUGGAAGCUUUGGCUCCAUGCUGGAACUGUCCUGGAGGGGAACAAAGGCCAUCGAGCUGGGGCAGGGGCAAACCAGGACCUUCUUACUGGAUGGAGAUGAAGUCAUCAUAACAGGUUACUGCCAGGGGGAUGGCUACCAUAUUGGUUUUGGCCAAUGUGCUGGGAAAGUACUGCCAGCCCUCUCGCCAGCCUGAGACUCCAGAAACCGUGGACCAGAGCCUCGCCUGCUGGUGACCAUGCUGCAUCUGCCCCUCAUUCAUGAGUGAAUAAAGCCACCGUACUCGUGGGGAAUGCAGCAGAUUCCCCCAGUCUUUGAUUCUG